ACUUGUACUUGUUCUACCUAGUAAAUAUCAAUUUUAUGGAAUAAAAAGAUUCUUUCGUCUGUACAGUAGCUUGUCAAAAAAUAUCUAUCACAAGUAAUACUAAAAUCGAACAUCACUCGAUUCCUUAAGGAAAGAAUUUAUCGAAGAGAGAAAGGUUGAUUAUCAACUGACAUCAUUUGGAGAAAAAUGUCAAAGAUCGAAGAAGGCAACGCUCACAUACGGCAAGCUGAAAAAAGCUUAAAAACUUCUUUAUUGAAGUGGAAACCUGAUUUCGAUUAUGCUGCUGACGAGUAUACACAUGCAGCUACUUGUUUUCGAAUUGCCAAAUCAUAUCAACAAUGUAGGGAAUGUUUAAUGAAAGCUUCUUCUUGUUAUAAACAAAAUAAAUCAUGGUUUCAUGCAGCAAGGUGUAUAGAACAAACUUUAUUAAUUUGCAAAGAAAUGGGUAAUCUUUCGGAUGUACCACAACUUGCACACAGUUCUUGUUCUUUGUAUCAACAACAUGGUUCACCUGAAUCAGGUGCUAAUGUACUUGAUAAAGCAGCAAAAUUGAUUGAAUCAACACAACCAGAACAAGCUUUAGAAUUAUUUAAACGUGCAGCAGAUAUUGUCAUGGGUGAAGAUAGUCCAAGACAAGCAGCUGAAUAUAUGAGCAAGGUAGGAAGACUUAUGGUGAAACUUCAAAUGUAUGAUCAAGCUGCGGAUGCCAUUCGCAGAGAAAUAGGAAUGCAUCAACAAAUAGAUUAUACGCCAUCGGUGGGUCGUUUGGCAGUAGCAUUGGUAUUGGUACAAUUAGCACGUGGUGAUCAAGUUGCUGCAGAAAAGGCAUUUAAAGAAUGGGGAAAUUAUUGUGAUGCGCCUGAGGUUCAAACUUUGGAGAUGCUCUUACAAGCAUAUGAUAAUGAAGAUGCAGAUGCAGCUAGAUCUGCUUUAAACAGUCCUUUUAUUAAACACAUGGAUGUCGAAUAUGCUAAACUUGCAAGAGGUUUGCCUCUACCACAGCAAAUCUAUGCUGUACCACCUGCAGGUAUAAGGGCAAAUGCAGCUGAGUCAUAUGUUUCACCUAAUGCUAAUAAAUUAAUUGGACAAGCUACAGUUGAAGCUGAAAAAGAUGACGGUGCUGCAGCUACUGCUGCUGUUACUGUUGCUGCUACUACUGUUACUAUAUGCUCUGCAGGCCAUAUAGAAGAUGGAACAGCAGUAUAA